AUGGGUGGCGACGACCACGAUCUACUGACUAGGCUCAAUGCUUUGAAACCAUCACAGAUUACACUCAGCCAAGAUGUGCCAUUGAUCAGAGACGAGUCUACCAAGCCGCAAUCGCGUGAAGACAAGCUCGCAGAUAGGUUGCGGCAACUCAGGUCGGGAAACACACUUCCCGUGACGAAGAUAGCGGCUCCCAUAUCCACUGAAGCAGCCGCCUCGAGCAUCGAGAUUGUUGUCGAGACGCGUCCGCCUCGCAUAUAUGAUACCGAAGUAUCGAACGUUGAUGGUGCAGCUGAUGAGUGUCUUGAUGACCUCCUGGCUCAGCUCGGGCCCAGCGAGCAAUGGAGUUUAGACCCAGAAGACCCCGAGCACAUUGCCUCGUUGCUUAGAGAGGCCAAAGAAGCCCUUCCGAAGUCCGGUGAGCCUCGUCCUUCACUGACAGAGCAGCACACGCCCGAAAGCACAAGCGGACACUCAUCUGAGGGAGAGGACGUCCACAAUGCUGAUGACUAUGUGGCCAAAGUGCUCGCAGAGCUGGACUACGAGAGACGUCACAACAUUGACCAGCAGGAUGACGAAGAAGUUGUCCAGGUAGACGAUACCCAGUCCGUCAACGCAGACACGUUUUUUCCUAGCACCCCGUCGUCCAUGUUGCAACAGACAACUUCAAAAACAGCCGACCCGCCAACAUACGAGGAUAGCGAACUUGAAGCACGUUUCCAAAGCCUGACCAUGAACCUGCCCUCUACGCCUACCACGAUUUUGAGUCGACUGCGGAAAGGAAAGCCAUCCACAUUUUCGGACGAUGACAUCAGUUCGUGGUGUUGUAUCUGCAAUGAGGAUGGUACUGUGCGAUGUUCCGGAUGCGAUGAUGAUAUCUAUUGUGAGUCCUGCUGGAGAGAAGGGCAUGGAACCAAACCCGGUCAAGAACGUGGACAUCGAGCUAUACGCUUCAUCAAACGCGAUCGUGCCACAGCUGCGUGA